AUGACAUUUGUGAGAUUAACUAAUGAGUUGGAGAAUAUGAAGAACUUGGUUCAUGGACGUUGCUGCUCUGUGAUUGUUGUCAAGAAUGAUAUUCAAGUGCUGGCUGAACUUAGCAUGGUGAGGAUCAUGGUUCCAUGGUUGGUUCCAGAUCGGUCAUUUUCAUCAAUUCAAUGGUCAACACAGUUUUUAAGUUUUAUCUUCCGUCCAGAUUAUUAUAAUGCUGAACACAGCUUCAUCAUCAUUGGCAACAUAUGGGUCUUCUUUGAGCUCAUCGAGCUCGGAAUGACGACAAUAAUGGUCCCGGGAAUGAUCCCAGCUGGUUGCUUACCUCAACCUUUGAGUUUCAAUAGAGAUCACCCUUCAAUAGCAGGAUGCGUUGGAUGGUUGAAUGAGCUUAUGAUCUACCACAAUGAUAUGCUUCAAAAGGAGUUGAAUAGAAUUCGAGAUCACCAUCCUCAUGCAUCUAUAAUCUAUGCAGAUUAUUACAAUUCCACCGUGCAACUCUAUCAUUCGGCACAAGAAUAUGGUUUCAAUGGGAAAAACUUCGUAGCCUGUUGUGGAGGUGGAGGCCCUUACAAUUAUAACUUUACAGCUGAAUGUGGCGAUCCAUUGACAACCUCUUGUCCAUAUUCUUCGGUGUUUGUGAACUGGGAUGGGAAUCAUUUCACCGAAGCUGCAAAUAGAUGGAUGACCAGGGCAAUUUUAGAAGGACGAUACACCUUUCCUCAAAUUAACACCUCCUGCAUUAGCUCGGUAGAUGGAGAUGAUGGAACACACCUUAGCUCUGGCUAG